CGGUAUUUCCCUUAGUUACCGAAAACAACAUGGCAGCCUACAUGAUGGAAACAAAGACAUGAGAUUGAGAAACCGUUUUUCCAUGAAUAACAAUGGCGAUGGAAAUUGAUACAUAUGUAUAAAGGUUUACCAUAAAUUAACAAUAAAAUAUCAACAUGUCAGCAGAAAAAGAUCCCAGCGAAGUUUCAAAGUUAUCUUUUGAAAAGGAAGAAGAGUUAAAACAAUCUAUGGUCGAACCAAAAACGGAUUCUGAUCAUGUCGAAGUAUCAGACAGGAAGGAAGAAGGAGUAACUGUAGUAGUGCAUGAAGAAGAGGGGGGUGACACUGGACAUCAAAAUGAAGUUGAGCCUCCCGAUCCCAGAUCGGAUCCAAAUUUUGUUAAUAUUCAUCAAUUCUUUCCAUCUUUGGAACAUUCAUUUACAAAAACAUCAACAAAAUUUGCUGAAGAACAGGAUAAUAGAAUGGAAGCAGCGAUUAAGGAUUUUGUUGCAGAAGAUUCAACAGUUUUUAGUGAGCAUGGUACCAACAAGCAGUUAGCGUUGACGUCUGAAGCUGCCAGUUGGUCCACUGAUACCUGGGGACCUGAUUAUAACAAUUCAGCUGAUAGAAAUAUGGAUUCAAAGACAGGAGAUGAGAAUGUUUUUGCUACAACUAUUGAUGAAGAGACACUGACGGCAGCCAAAUCUAAAAGUAGUAAAAGUAUCUUUAAUACAGAAGAUUGGCCAGGUGCUAGAUCACCCAGUCCCACAUUUGAUGAGAUCUUGAUUAACAAGGCUGUAGAACACUACGAACAUGCUAUGGAAUUAAAAGAAAAGGGUGACCAUAAAGCAUCUAUUCGGCUUUUAAGCAAGGCUAUUGCUCUUCAAUCAGAGGAUCAUUUGUUUUAUGUUGAAAGAGCAGAAAACUAUGUUCAGCUAUGUGAUUUUCAGUCGGCCAUCUUGAAUUACAAGAAGGCGUGUUUAAUUGCACCUAAUAAUGAUAGUUACUACUCGAGACUAGCUUUUCUUUAUUUCUACCUCGGACAAUUGCUGUUUGAUCAGAGACUUUACCCAGAAUCCCUAGAAUUAUUUUCAAGAGCUUCCGAGAUGAAACCAGAUAAUACAGGAUAUCACAUCAGAAGUAUUUCAUGUUUAGCUGCUUUACAAAGACAUGGUGAAUGUUUAGCUCUAGUAAACAAGAGAUUAGAAACAGAUAAAAAUAAUUCUGAUCUCCUUAUAAUGAGAGCCAGGUUGCAUGAAAUGUUCAGAAAUACAACCUUAUGUUAUUACGAUGUGAAAGAUGCUCUGAAUAUAGAUGAGAAUCAUUCUGUAGCUAAAGAAAUGAUGUAUAGUCUAGAGAAAGCAGCUGAAGAUAGUAAGAAACAAGCCAUGCAACUUAAUAUAUUAGGAAAACAUAGAGAAGCUCUACAGAAAAUAUCAAUAGCUAUAGAAACUAACCCUGCUGUUAGUUCUUAUCAUGUUUUAAGAGGUGCCUUACAUCGUAAAUUAGGUGAUUUUAAUUCAGCAAUAGAUGAUUUUCUAUUGGCCUUAGAUAAAUGUGACCAUGAGGAGGAUAAUCCAGUCUAUAUAGAUUCACAGAGACAAUUAUUAUUGACUUAUAACGAUUUCGCAGUAGAAUGUUUCAAUAAAGGUUUUUAUGAGGAGGCUAUUAUUUUAAUUAAUAAAGCUAUUAAAGGAGAGAAGAGAGAAAAGGGAUUAUAUAUCAAUAGAGGAGAUUGUUUUUUAAAACAAGAUGAGUUGAACUUUGCCCUUCAAGAUUAUCAUCAAGCUCUGGAGAUUGACGGCCAGGAUGCGUUUAUACGAACUAGAAUAUCUGUUAUACAUGCUGAAUUUGCUCAUUCCGCUUAUCAAGAUAAAAAUUAUAAUGAAGCGUUAUCUAAAAUGUCAUUAGCUAUACAAUAUAACCCAACAGUUGGUGGAUAUUAUGUCUCGAGAGCUCGUGCAAAAUAUAUGUUAGAGGAUGCUAACGGAGCGAGACAAGAUCUGAUAUUAGGGAUGUUGUUAGAUCCAACCAAUGAGGACAUAGUAACCAUAUUAUCAAGGUUAUUCCCAGGUAAAUCAGUGAUUGACAUCAUCAAUAGUCGAGCAGCAGAUGCAGGUAGAUUAGCUUUAAGAAAUCUGAUGCCUACAGCUUCACCAGUUAGAUUACAACCUCUUGCACUUCCACAACCGGCUGACGUAAAGAAUUCUGAAGAAGGGGAGAAAGAAACUGAUGAUAAUCCUCCUGUAGUACCUCAUCCACCAUCAAUACCAAAAUGGAAACCAGAGAAGUGUAUGCCAGAUUUAAAAAUGUGUAUGCAAGAACAGGAAUUUAACUUACAAUUUGCAAAAGCUAAAAAGAAGAUAAAUACCAAGUUGAAAGACUCCUAUCACAAACGAAAAACAUUAAAAUCAAAUGCUCCGAGAAUGCAACCGUUACCUCCUUCAUCUGCCAAACCGUUGUAUGGAGCAAACUUAUUCCAUCGACCUGAAAUGAUCAUCAAGCAAACUCCGGAAGAAAAGAAAUCAACGAACUGGAAAACAUUUGGUUUAGGAAUUGGAAUUAAAUGAUAAUUAGAAUUUUUACAUUAACAAUGUCGACAGUGGGAUUACUUCUAAUAUAGUUUGGUGUUAUAUUUUUGAAAGUUAUGAAAUCUUCAACCCAGAUGGUUAAUUUGAUCAUUUUAUUAGUUUUUAUGUAAAUGGUGUUCAGUGGAGUUCAAUAAAUGGUUUAAGACUCUUGAUAGAAAUAAACUGUGAUCAGAGAGUGUUUAUAUAAAAGAUGUAGGUAAUUGGG